AUGGCCGCAGACGACUCUCCUACGUUUGAAGAGCACUUUAGCCGCCUGUCUAUUGAUCACAAAUCAGUGGGAUCCCAGAGUAAACGCGUUCCCAAGACCAAGAUCCCACAAUCACAGCCCGUUCCUGGACCUGCUCAACCGAAAUGUCUGCUUCCUGUCAAAGGACCUGUCGUUGCAAACAGAGUAGACACACCGACUCCCCAUAAAGACCAAGAUACAAACUCACCAUCGCCUUCAUCUCCUCAAAAGCCCACCACAAAAUCAUCUACUACGAAAAGUGCUACACUCUACAAACAUCUUCACCUUGGCAUGUUCGAAAUCGGGCGACCGAUGGGAAAAGGCAAAUUCGGUCGCGUAUAUCUCGCACGGGAGCGCAGCUCAGGUUUCAUCUGCGCCCUCAAAGUUCUAUACAAGACUGAAUUACGACAAUCCCGAAUGGAAAGUCAAGUACGCCGAGAAAUCGAGAUCCAGACCAACCUCCGUCACCCCAACAUCGUCCAACUAUACAGCCAUUUCCACGACAGCAAACGAAUCGUUCUCGUCCUUGAAUUUGCCGCCAAAGGCGAACUUUACAAACACCUACAAAAAGAAACCCGGUUUACAGAGAGAAAGGCGGCCCGAUUCAUCGCUCAAGUUGUAUCAGCGCUGCAAUAUCUGCACCGAAAGAAUAUCAUUCAUCGAGAUAUUAAACCUGAGAAUAUUCUUGUCGGUAUGCAUGAUGAGCUGAAGAUGAGCGACUUUGGCUGGAGUGUCCAUUCACCUUCCAAAAGGCGAGAGACUAUGUGCGGCACGCUAGACUACCUUCCUCCUGAGAUGAUCAAAUUAGGUGCAGUAGACGCUGGCAGGUUCUAUGACGAGAAGGUCGACGUUUGGAGCUUGGGGGUGUUGACCUAUGAGUUUCUGGUUGGAGUGCCACCAUUUGAAGAUACGCCAGUCAGGACACAACGACGAAUCGCCAGAGCAGACAUGCAGAUUCCAGAUUUCAUAAGUUCAAAGGCAAAGCACCUUAUCAAAACUCCUGAUUCUAGACCCCGAGAAACGAUUGCCACUCGAUCAAAUUGCAGAGCAUCCCUGGAUUUUACAACACUGUGCCAACAGCAACACAGGGACUGCUAA